AAAAAACAGGCUCGUUGGCGCGAAUACGACUAGGCCUCCGAAGGGAGGGCGGCCGGCCGGCCGGUGUGUUGCCGCGCGCGGCUCCGCCCGGUUGCAAAGUGGGAAGCGAGCCCCGGGCCGAGGCGACGUGGAAGGCGGCCCCUUGGGAGGGGUUUUUGCGAGGGCCGGCGGCGUUGCUCGGCAAAAAAAGCCCCGACUGCGAGCCGGACGGCUGAGUUAGAUGGGGAGGCGCCUACAAGCGGCGACAUGUCUCUUGAUUUGGAAGACAGCGAAGAUGACUUCCAGUCCAGCACAAGCUCUUUGUACAAGUCAACGAACCCCACAAUCCAAGAAGAGAAAGCGCUCCUUGAGGAAUCGGGGGCAAACCAGUACAUUUUCGGAAAGCCCAAAGACCAUUGGAAUGCCACUUAUAUUAUUUUCUUCCUCCUUGGGAUCAACUCUCUCUUGCCCUUAAACUUCAUCAUCACUGCAAAGCACUACUGGAUGUUCAAGCUUCAGAACUGCUCAGAAGAUAUUUCUCCCAAAGAGCAGGGGUCCUCGGAUAUCCGUAAUUUCUUUGAAAGCUACAUUUCUGUGGCUUCCACUGUGCCUUCGGUCCUGAGCUUGAUUGGGAACUUCCUGCUAGUCAACAAGGUUUCUGUCAACGUCCGUAUUCUCUCCUCCUUGGCUGUCAUGCUGGCUGUUUUUCUGGUGAUUACAGUGCUGGUCAAAGUGGACACUUCAGCUUGGACCUUGUGGUUCUUUAUCAUCACCGUUGUUUGCGUGGCCAUCAUCAGCAGUGCUGCCACCAUCUUCAUCAGUAGCGUCUUUGGCUUAUCGGGAUCCUUUCCCAUGAGGAAUUCCCAGGCACUGAUUUCAGGUCAAGCCAUGGGAGGAACGGUGAGUGCCCUGGCAUCGGUGGUAGAUCUGGCAGCAUCAUCGGAAGUCACAAACAGUGCUCUGGCCUACUUCCUGAUAGUGGACAUCUUCAUCGUCCUGUGCAUUGUGAUGUAUCUGAUUCUUCCCAAGCUGGAGUACGCCAGGUAUUAUAUGGCAAUGCUGUCACCAAGUGCUUUGCCCAGCCGUUACUUGGAGGAAGACGAUAUGGCAGCAGGUAAUCCCAGUCAAGUUUUGCCAAACAGAAACUACACAGAUAAAAUCCCUCCUCUGUGGCUCAUCUUGAAGAAGAUCAGCAUGUUAGGUUUCUGUGUCUUCUAUGUCUACUUCAUCUCCAUCACCAUUUUCCCUGCAAUCUCAUCCAGCAUCGAGUCUGUGAACAAAUUCUCAGGGAGCCCGUGGACAAAUAAAUACUUCAUACCUCUCACUAGUUUCCUUCUGUACAAUUUUGCUGACUGGUGCGGACGGCAGGUCACCGCCUGGAUCCAAGUUCCUGGACCACGAAGCAAGUGGCUACUAGUUAUGAUCCUGCUGAGAACUUUGUUCAUCCCCGUCUUCAUGUUAUGCAACUUUCAGCCUCGGGCGCACAUUGCAAAUGUCGUCUUUGCCCAUGAUGUGUAUCCGAUGGUGUUUAUUGUGUCCCUGGCAUUCAGCAAUGGCUACCUGAGCACAUUAGCGAUUAUAUAUGGUCCGAAAGUCACUCCGAGGGAACUGUCGGAGGCAGCAGGAGUGUUGAUGAUGCUCUUCAUGCAGUUGGGAUUAGCACUAGGAUCCGGUUUCUCGGUUCUUGUUGUCCACCUCAUCUAGAUGGGAGAUUUCAAGCCACUCAUCAAACAAGGAUAUUGUGGGGAAAAAAAGGCACAGCAAACGUGGGCCUAUCACUGGAGUAUUCCAUUUCUUAGGAAGUGGUGUAGGCGUUCUGGGCUUUGGUUGUGCAGAAAAAGCCUGGAAACGCACCACAAAAUGCAGAAGUCAAAUUCAAAAGUACCGUAUUUUUCAGAGCAUGAGACGCUCCGGAUUAUAAGAUGCACCUAUCUUUUUUGGUGAGGAAAAGAAGAAAAAAAAAUCUGCCUCUGCCUCCCAGCAAUUUUGCCUCAUUGCAGCAAACAGCAAAUAGCCUGCUUUACUUUCGUUUUCAUUUUCAGCAUAGCUUGAUUAGCACAAGAAAAAAAAUAUCUGCUCCCAGCAAUUUACCUCCUUGCAGCAAGCAGCAGAGGCCCGUGCAGCACUAGGCAAUGGCAAUCCCUGCAGCCUGAAACAGCUGAGAGUUGGGAGGCCAAUCAACUUGUGCUAAUCAGGCUGUGCUGAAGCUGAAAUGGGCUGUUUCUUCUUGCUGCUUGCUGCUUGCUGGGAGGCAGAGGCCAAAGGGUGGGGGCCAGUGGGUGGGCGGGGCUGCAUUCGGUGUAUAAAACGCACCCAAAUUUUCACCACCUUUCAGGGAGGGAAAAGGUGCAUCUUAUACUCCGAAAAAUACGGUAUUAUCAAAGAUCUCACUUUUUUUUUUUCCUUUGGCAAAUGAGGUUUUAUUUCAUUUAUCAAUACAACUCAUGUAUCUUCACAGGUUUAAUAACAUGGAAACUCUUUGUGUUUUUCCACGGAUAUGAAGGACUUACAUUCUAGAUUCCAAUGUUCUUAACUAAAAUCCGCUCUUUAAAUUAUUCAAAAUAUUUAAAAGUUCAUUUGGAGAAUUCUGCAGAGGGAUCAAUAACUCACUGUACCUUUCAGUGUACGUUUUACAUGACCUUUCUUACGAGAAAUAUGCCUGUAAUCCAGCCUCUGUUAAACAUUUUAAAUAUAUAACAAAUGCAGAUCAGAUAAGAAGGAUUCUCAAAAGCUUUUCAUAUGAAGAAUAGCUGAGAAACAAUUUUGGUUGAGGAAUAGGUACCCUUAGCCAAAAAAUAUGUGGUUCAUAUUUUUCAAGGGUAAAUUAUAAGCGUGAGCACAGAGAUUAAAAUGGGACCAACCAGUAUUUUUUAUUCAUUCUCCCCUUACAGCUAUGCAGCCUGGAUGAAAUUGGUAGGAGUUGCAGUAUAUGCAAUACACACACACACACAUAUAUCAGUAGUAGGUUUCAAUUUCGUUCGCUAUUGGUUCGCUUGUGGGCGCGCGCUCCAUGCUUCUGCACAUGCACAGAGACGUCCAGGCGGGUGGGCGGAGCCUCCCGCCGCUUUGAACUUUUUUGGAGAAAACAUGGGUCCCUGCAGCCCAAUGCUUGGCCUGCAGCCAUUGGACCAGAACACCAGCAUGUUGUCAAAGUGUUAGCAACUCCUUUAAUGUCAGUAGUUGUUAAGAUUCAUUUCUAUUUUGCAGUCUGGCUGUUGUGCAUCUCUGCUAUUCAGAAAAGGGGACCAGAUGUUUAUAAAUGAUGUAACUUAAAUCAAAUGAAGGCAUUGAGUAGUAGAUUUGCUACUUUGCUGUUAGUUUUUGCUUAUUUAGGGCUAAAAAUAACUGUUAUUUUUACAUUGACGUGUAAUCCUUUACAGAAUUUAAGUAGGGCAACCAGUUCUGGACUGCGAACAUCUGAAUAACUGGAUAACAGCAAAGCAUUAGUGUUUUCUAUGUCUCUUUGCUGCCAUCUCAUGGUCAUUCAGGGGUUUGCAGACCAGUUGGGAGUAACGCUAACUUAAGUUUAAGCAAAUAUUUCAUUUUUACAUUCUUGAGAAAGCAUUAAACAAUAAAAGCACUUUCUUUGGGUUUCACUACAUACACUUUUUCACCUGUUGUAAUUUCUGAUGAAUAUUACAUUUGUGUAUAGAGGAAAAGUCACUUUAUAUAAUGGCCAGUGUCGAGAUUCCAGGUCAUGGUUGUCCCAAAGGUGAUUUUUUGUUUUUGUUUUUUGGACUUUCUUUGUUUUUGCUUGAAGAUGUUUCACUUCUUGUCCAAGGAGCUUCUUCAGUUCUGGCUGAACUGAAGAAGAAUGAGAAACAAAAUGACUUCAAGCAAAAAAAAAAAAUAAAGUCCGGUUGAGUUUUAAAAAACACCAUUGGUACUUCAAUGGCCAGUGUAAUAAAUCUAGAAACAUCUAUUAGCCUGGAAAUAGAGAGAGAAAGGAUUGUGCUGAUCAGAUUUGAUGAUAUAUGCAGGCUGUAUCCUUGUAUGAAAUCUGCUUGUGUGAAGUAAGUGGAAGGUUGAGGAAAACGUGAAGCAUCAUUUUUAAUAUAGGUCAGUAGUUGUGAACUAUUAUUUCUCUCCCAUUUUCUUCCUGAAACUUGUCUGCAGAGACUCUCAACCAUGCAAAUUUUACACAAAUGCAUCCAACUUCUAAAAGAACAAUAUAGUUUCAGUGGCACCCUGCCACAACCUCACCUAGACUUUGCACCACCAGAUAUUUCCAGAUUAUGUGAAGUUUGCAAAUCCAUUACUUGCAGCUUGCAUAAUUCCCUCUAAGGUCAGUAGCCUGGUACAUCUGGAGGACAAUGCAUUGUGGAAAGCUGAUGUAAAUGAUGCUUUGUGUAAGAUUCUAUUGUCCAGCUUGUUUGUACUCAUCUCUUUUCAAUUUUGGAGCUUGCAUUGAAAAUGUAUUUCUAGCCCAUUGGUCAAGAUUGAAUCUUUGGGGGGGGAAAUGGUUCAUUCCAAAACACAGUACAAUAUAAUGUUAGUCUAGAGACUGGUGUGUUUGUUAUAAUAUAAGAAGUAUUGAAAAGAUUUUAAACUGGUAGUCUUGUUGUUUUUUCCCCCUUGUUAUUUAUUUAUUUAUUUUAUUAGAUAUAUGAAAGAAUGUAGAAAUAGAAAAUAAUAAGCCGACAUGAUUGAGAACAGAAU